AUGAUCGAGCGUUUCCACCGACAGUUCAAAGCAGCCAUUAUGCGCCACCCCAGCUCAACCUGGCUCGAGGCCAUCCCAGCCGUCAUCCUCGGUCUUCGCGGCACCUUCAAGCCGGACAUCCACGCUACACCAGCGGAGCUCGUCUACGGGGAACCACUCCGUCUCCCAGGUGAACUUCUCGCUGCACUGUCUUCCAGCACUACGACGUCAGAUCCCACCGACUUCGUCGCCCGGCUCCGAUGCACCAUCGCCUCCUUACGUCCGUCACCUGCAGCCCACCACUGCAAGCCUACACCUUUCGUGUUCAAGGAGCUAGCAUCGUGCACGCACGCUUUCCUCCGCGACGACACCGUCCGCAGGCCUUUCCAGCCACCCUACAGCGGACCCUACCUGGUCGUCCAUCGUGACAAAACCUUCACUCUGCGCCUGAACGGGAACGACAUCCGCGUCUCCAUUGACCGGCUGAAGCCCGCAUACAUCGCUGGGAACGAACCGGGCAGCGCCACUCCAUCCACAGGCACAUAUACGCAGCCGCCGACGUCGCAGCCCUCGAUACGACACGCUCUGGACAUCUGGUACGCCUCCUAG